AUGGAAGAGCUGGUGCAGGACCUAAGGCUCCAGCUGGAGAAGCAGUGUGCCUUGAAUAAGGAGCUGCAGACUCAGAAUAAGGAUCUGGAGAAACGUUUGGAGGAGAAAGAGAAGUUGCUGAAGGAGCUUCAGGCUCGUUUUGAUGAACUGGACUGUCCCCCGGACAGGAGCAGCAAUGACAGCGAGCCAGAGGUGAGGAAGAGCCGCGCGGCUGUCAUCGCCCCCGAGCCGCUUCCCGAGGACCUGGAGAUCACACAGGCGCGGGUUAAGAAAACUAUCAGUGAAACCAGCCUGAUCGUCAAGGCGAUCCAGAAGAAUGAUUUCCUGAGCCGGCUGGACGACGAGCAGAUCACCAUGAUGGUGGAGCUGCUGGUUGCCAUAGAGAAGAACCCGGGGGAGGCGGUGAUCGUCGAGGGCUCAGAGGGGGACAGCAUGUAUAUAGUGGCAGCUGGAGACCUGCGGGUCACCCAAGCGGGGCGAGAUUUGCGAACUUUGACCUCUGGGGAUGUGUUUGGAGAACUGGCAAUCCUAUAUAACUGCAAGCGUACUGCAACCGUCAAAGCUAUCACUAAAGUCAGGCUGUGGUGCAUCGAGAGACCGACGUACCGCACCAUCAUGACCAACAAGUCCAAGAAGAAACGGGAGCAGAUCAUGGGCUUCCUGAAGACGGCCCGAACACUGAAGGACCUGACUGAUGUGCAGCUCUCCAAGAUCAUUGACUCCAUGGAAGAGGUGAAAUUCCAGAACAAGGAGGUGAUCGUACGAGAGGGAACAGAGGGAAACACUUUCUAUAUCAUCCUCAAAGGGGAGGUCCAGGUGACAAAGAAGGUGAACGGGCAGCAGAAGGAGAUCCGCAGGAUGGGGAAAGGGGAGCACUUUGGGGAGCUGGCACUGAUCCGUGAGAUCUGCAGAACAGCCACAUGCACGGCGAUUGGCCAGGUUACCUGUUUCUCCAUCGACAAAGAGGUUUUUGAAGAGGCCAUACCCUUUGAAAACCUCGAGCUCCCUGAUGACUCAAAUAUUUUUGAAGACACGGCAGUUCCAGAGAAAAAGAGCCAAAGUGCCUCCCUGCGUCUCAAGGACCUUAUACCAGUGCUCUACCAGGAGGGCCGCUACCAGGGAGAUCCCGUCACUCUGGGAGUGGGAGGGUUUGGCCGCGUCGAGCUGGUGACCACUCUUCACCAUGGGCAGUACUAUGCCCUGAAGAGGGUCAGCAAGAAGCAUAUUGUCGCCAAGCGACAGGAAGACCAUGUCAAAUUCGAGAAGCGGGUCCUGCAGGAAAUCCAGAGUGACUUCAUAGUCAGGCUCUAUGCUGCCUUCAAAGACACACGCUACAUCUACAUGAUCAUGGAGUUCUGCUCAGGAGGAGAACUCUGGACUAAACUGAAGGAAGUCGGGCGUUUCGAUGAGCCAAUUGCCGUGUUCUGCGCCGCCUGUGUGGUGGAGGCUUACGCUUACCUCCACAAAAAGGGGAUCCUGUACCGCGACCUGAAGCCAGAGAAUCUGAUGCUGGACAAACGUGGAUACGUCAAACUGGUGGAUUUUGGCUUUGCGAAGGAGCUGGUCCGGGGGGACAAGACGUAUUCCUUCUGUGGGACCCCGGAGUACAUGGCACCGGAGAUCAUACAGAACCAGGGGCACGACUUUGCAGCGGACUUCUGGUCCCUGGGCAUCCUGGUGUACGAGCUGCUGGCAGGCAGUCCGCCCUUCUCCAGCUCAGAGCCCCAGAAGAUAUACGCAAAGAUUUUGGACGGGGUGCUGAAGUUCCCCCCUUACAUGAGUGAAGCUGCCAAGUCUCUCAUCAGCAAGCUGUGCAGGCCUCGACCAGGCCAGAGGCUGGGGAACACCAAAAAUGGGAUUAAGGAAGUCAGACACCACAGGUGGUUCAGCAGUAUAAACUGGCACAAGUUGCGAGUGGCACAGUUGGAGGCACCAACAGUGCGGCUCAUCCGAAAGGGGCCCUGCUAUAUCAACUUUGACAGGUUCCCCUAUGAUAAGACCCAAGCAGAAGAGGAUUUUUCUGGCUGGGAUGAUGACUUCUGA